AAUUACACAAUUUAUAAAAUAAUGUACACCAUGCAUAAACGCGUUGAUCUAGUGCUAUUUCGUGACAAUAGGGCAAUAGUUGUUUGUGAUAAUGUAGUUGGCAUAAGGGCGAUACCGCUUCCAUCCGAAGAUGAGCUUCCACCUGUAGGACAUAGGAGCGUCUGCCCAUUUUGUGGCAACGACAUUGAUGAUGGUCAAUACACAUACAUGGCACAGACCUACUUCUACCUUCUACAGAGAACCUUUAAAAAAUGGAGCAGACAAACAGAUGGAAAAGAUGAGCCGUAUUCUUAUGGAGAUUCAAACAUGGAUACUAUAGCAUACAUGAAUACCGCGCUGCCAGACACUGUUGAUAAUAUGAAUGGCAGUUGCCAAGCGAAUCAUAGAUAUAGGACGUGUUUGAGCAAAAUUCAAUACCCAGAGGAUGAUUGCUCUACCAAUAAAGAUUCUCAACAAUGUAAUAUUGAGGUUCCGAAACAUAUACCUCCUGAUCUUUUGGUGACGGGGUAUUACCAUAGAUUCUUCAUCGAAAAGAUGAAACUGGGUUCAGGAUCGUACGGACAUGUGUACCAUUGUGUUCACGUUAUAGAUGGAUUAUCAUUGGGUGAAUAUGCCAUUAAGAAGCUACCAGUUGGAGACGAUCGCCAGUGGCUCAGGAAAAUGAUACGUGAAGUUAAAGUUCGUGAAAUGUUAAGGCACCAGAACAUAGUAGAUUAUAAUCAUUCGUGGCUUGAGAUGUACAGGCUUAACGAAUUUUGCCCAUACAUACCUUGGCUCUUCGUGUUGAUGGCAUAUUGCAACGGUGGAGACUUGGAAAAGUUUGUCAGGAAUUACAAAGACAAACUCACAGAUGAGGAGAUAUUUGUUUUACUAAUUGAUAUUGUAAACGGCCUCUCCCAUCUGCAUCGUCAUGGAAUCAUACACCGAGAUUUGAAGCCGUCCAAUGUGCUAUUGAAUCAUGACCAAAAGUUUGGCGCAUUAGCGUUGCUAUCUGACUUUGGUACAUGCGAAUUACUUGCAGAAAUUAGUAACCACGAUGUAAGAAGGCAAGGGUUCACCGGUACCGUAGAAUUCACAGCGCCGGAGCUCCUCCAUACAAACGAGUCAGGGGAGUUGAAUACGUUCUACGAUACCAAAAGUGACAUGUGGAGUUUAGGUAUACUACUAUAUUUCCUGUGUUAUGGAACUUUACCAUAUUCCGAUGAUUCACCUAAGAAAUGUCGCGAUAUGAUAUUACGUCACAAGUGUUUAACAUUGCCAGCUACAACAAGAUCUGCUGAACUUCAGAUGCUUAUCCUUUCACUUACACAGGUAUGCCCUGAUCUGCGUCCAGACUGCGAAGACAUUCUCUGUGACAAAAGAAUUAUUGCCUUAAUGCAGGAUGAGAGCUUUAUAAAACACGGGAGGGCAAAAUUAGCCCUGAAGCUCUCAACACUCGAUGAAGUGAUAACGAACUUCGACAACGCAGAAUACUCAGAAUGCAUUCUAAAUCUGAAUUAAGACCCUUUGGAAUGUGUUGUGUUUCACAGUACUGCGAAAAUGCGGUUAGACAUCAAAAUCGAUGGCGAUCACGCCUGAGAAUGAAGCUACCCUCCAGGUCAAAGUACCUAUAAAUACUCGCGAUGCAAGCCGAUUGAUGU